AUGACAGCCGUCGCAAGCGCUCCCGUGAUGGACAACCACGAGAACGGGUCCGAUCACAGCCCGUCGCGCUUCACGGCCGUCAAUGGCAGGGAGUCAACCACCGCGCCUAAAGCUCCGAUGAACAGUGAGCGAGAUAUCUCCGGUCAACGAGAGCUGCCCACUCAAGAGACUCCCGGUGUUCAAGGCCCGGACCAUGACCGCGCCGACUCAGGGCCAUCGCCCAUCCCCAACAAUACCAAUCACAAACGGAAGCGAUCGGAGUCGGGCGAACAAGAUGUCCAUCGCGACUCACAGAGCCUCAGUCGAGGUCCUCUGGAUCGCCCCAUCGACGGCCCACCCACCUCGAAUGGUGCCCGUUCGGGCUCGGGCUCGGUCUCUGACAUCGAACCAGGCCACUCGGUUCCUGCCUCGGGUCACCGGUCUGAUACCAACGAAGCUCCCUCCUCGAAUGGGCAAUGGCCCGAAUACGAUUCACAAUUAAUCAGUCAGGCGCAGCGCGCCCAACAAUUCGACCCAUCAGAUGCUCAUUUGGCGGAUGCUCUACAGCGCGAAGCCCAAGGCCAGGAGCGGGACUUGGGCACUCGCCUCAUGCCAUCCGCUCCGGGGUGCAGCAACAAUUGUAUUCGCGGUGGCUUCCUGUGUGAAGGAUAUACAUCGCGGGGCAUGUGGCAGAAGCCAUCCAGCACCAAAGUGCCUGUUCCGUUACAAUCGAAAGAAGGCUACCCAGAAAUUAGUGCGCAGUAUUUGCCAGAAGCGCCUUCGCAUCAUGAUCGACCGACUGGACUGGCAGAUCAUAUAGAGCGCAAGAUGCGGCCGUCUGUCGCGGAAGAGGGGGAUCGGACGGCCCAACAGUCACCUUGUCCGCCGCCGCCUCCACCGCAGCAGCAACAGCAGCAACAAUCACCUGCGUCAUCACAUCCACCGCAGGUACAGCCACAGCCACAGCAACAGCAACAGUAUACGACGAGCCCAACUGGCACCCAUGCGUCAUGGUCGAAACGAGGGUGGGCCAGCACGGCCCAACCCUAUGUCUCAGAGCACCUCGCAAAACCCGAUUAUCGCGAAGUUCCUCCCGUUCACGAAAUGUCAUUGCGAGAGGGUUCUUCGAAACCGGAGUACGCGGUCGUUCCCCCGAUGCGUGAACUGCCGGGUCCACCAAAGUCCAACAUGGCGAUUUUUCAGGGGGCUGAACAAUGCCCGCUGCCCCCCGCGGCACCCAUAGAUACGAACAGUCCUCAAGCAAAAGCACGCAUGGCCCUCAACAUUGAGCAUCAGCUAUCAGGCCGCGCAGUCUCCAACGAAGAGACCGAGAAAGAGAAGAUGAUUCGCGGCGAAUUGUACCGGCCAUUUGAUGUGCAAUUGGUCGAGGAGCGAGAUCGAUGUAAACGUGCUCUCUGGCGGUUCAACAAUGCAUGUAAUCCGGUAAAUGGACUGAGUUCUAAGGAACAAAACCGUUUACUCAAGGAAGUUCUGGUUCCACCGUCAGAUACCGUUGUGACUACGCCGCCGGGCGUACCUGUGCCGCGUUCCACCGGGUCGAUUGGGCAAGGCGCGGUCGUCGAGAGUCCCUUCACCUGCAAUUAUGGAUAUAACAUUCAUAUUGGCGAAGAUGUAAUGGUGUCUCAGGGCUGUCAGUUCGUUGACGACUGCAUCAUCAAUAUCGGUGCGCAUACCUGGAUCGGGCCCAACGUCACCUUGCUCAGCUCCAUGGCUCACUCUAGCAUGCAAGAGCGCAAGGGCACCCAAAGCCGCUACCAGGGUCGGCCCAUCACCAUCGAAGAGGAUUGCUAUCUUGGUGCUGGCUGUACGCUAUAUCCUGGUGUACACCUUGGACGCGGCGCGUAUAUUGCUCCAGGGGAGGUGGUGAAGACUCAUAUUGUCGCCUACGGCUUCCAAGGAUAUAAGCCAAGUUACAUGUGA